CCGAAAAGGGAAAGGAAGAAUGAAUGCGUUCCGAUAGAAAUGGGGCCCACUUGUUCGUCCUCUCAAUACAAAAAAACGUUUGUUGCGUCUUGAAUCGGAUUCGCACUACCCCCAAAGCGCCACUCCACGAUCAGCUCUCAAUCACCGCCAAAUUCCCGCCGCAAAAUUCCACCGGAAAAAACAAAUUCCGGAGCUAAAACAUGGCGUCGUCGGAUCUUCCUUGCUGCGGAACCACGUUCUGGUUCUUCGUCGUGAUAAUCAUAGCUCUUGUGGCGUUCGCUGGGCUCAUGGCAGGAUUAACGCUGGGUCUCAUGUCUCUUGGUUUAGUCGAUCUAGAAGUUCUCAUCAAAUCCGGUCGCCCUCAGGAUCGAAUCAACGCCGGUAAGAUAUUUCCAGUAGUGAAGAAUCAGCAUCUUUUGCUCUGUACACUUUUGAUAGGAAACUCUAUGGCUAUGGAGGCUCUACCAAUAUUCUUGGAUAAAAUUGUGCCUCCAUGGGCUGCUAUUGUUCUCUCAGUGACUCUUAUACUGGUGUUUGGAGAGAUAAUGCCACAGGCGGUUUGCACUCGAUACGGGCUUAAGGUUGGAGCGAUAAUGGCUCCUUUUGUUCGUGUUCUUCUUAUACUGUUCUUCCCUAUUUCAUAUCCAAUCAGUAAGGUUCUUGAUUGGAUGUUGGGUAAGGGACAUGGUGUUCUUUUGCGGAGAGCAGAGCUGAAAACAUUCGUGAAUUUCCAUGGAAAUGAGGCUGGGAAAGGUGGAGAUCUAACAAACGAUGAGACUUCUAUCAUCACAGGUGCACUUGAAUUAACAGAAAAGACGGCAAAAGAUGCAAUGACUCCCAUUUCGAAUGCGUUUUCCCUUGAUCUUGAUUCAACUCUUAAUUUGGAAACUUUGAAUACAAUAAUGUCAGUUGGUCACAGCAGAGUUCCAGUUUAUUUCAGAAAUCCAACACAUAUAAUUGGGCUCAUUCUGGUUAAAAAUCUUUUGGCAGUUGAUGCAAGAAAGGAAGUUCCUCUGAGAAAAAUGACCAUGAGAAAGAUUCCACGCGUCUCUGAGUCAAUGCCACUAUACGAUAUCCUAAACGAGUUUCAGAAGGGUCACAGCCACAUUGCAGUUGUCUAUAAGGAUCUUGACGAGCAUAAGGGAUCACCCGAAACAAGCGAAAACGGUAGCGAGCGCAGAAAAAAUAAGAAAACUAAAGAAGAACUGUUUAAGGACAGUUGCAAGAAACCAAAAGCCCAGCUUGAGGUAUCAGAGAAGGAAGUAUUCAAAAUCGAAACUGGAGAUUCAAAAUCCGGCAAGAGCGAGAACGGUGAGGAGCAGCAAGGGAAAACGAUUCUAUCGGCUGCUCCAGCUAAGAAACGUCAUAGAGGCUGCUCGUUCUGCAUUUUGGAUAUAGAGAAUUCUCCUAUACCUGAUUUCCCUCACAAUGAAGAGGUUGUAGGAGUUAUCACCAUGGAAGACGUUAUCGAAGAGCUUCUUCAGGAAGAGAUCCUUGACGAAACCGAUGAGUAUGUGAACAUUCACAACAGGAUAAGAGUCAACAUGCAUGCUUCACAGGAGAAUGUACCAAGCGUAAUAACCUCGAUUACGCAAUCAUCUUCAGGUUCGACUAGUCCGAACCAAACAUCUCAUAUGGCCACACCAGAUUCGAGUCCUACAAGGAAGCCAUCAGAUCCUUCCCACUAUACGUCUCAAAAAAAUGAAGAGUCUAUCGAAACUCUAUGAUAUGUGAGCGAAUAUAAGAUAGAUAGUUCAAGAAUAUAUAUGACUUAUUUAAAAACAAUCCUUUUUCUUUUGUUAAUGUUUGAGAUAAAAGACUUCUUAGUGGUUAAUGGUUACUUUGUACGUAAAGUAAACAGAUCGAUCUUUUACCAAGGAAAAAAGCUAAUCAAUACAAAAUUAUAUAACUCCCUUUACUUGAAUCUGU